UUUGGACCGUCACAAUGGUUAUUCUAAACAAGGCAUACGAAUAUGAUGCGUUCUUGAGUUUUAGAGGUGAAGAUACCCGCAUGGGAUUCACAAGCACUUUGAAAGGCAUUUUGGAAAUGAGGACGAUUAAGACCUUCAUGGAUGAUGGGAUUCCAAGGGGAGAAGAAAUUUCUGCUGAACUUAUCAAAGCGAUUGGAAGUUCAAUGGUUUCGAUAAUUGUAUUCUCUGAAAACUAUGCAUCUUCCACUUGGUGCUUGGAUGAACUUGUCAAGAUUAUUGAGUGUAAGAAAAAUGGCCAAAUGGUUAAAGUGAUACCAAUUUUUUAUAAGGUAGAUCCAGCAAAAGUACGCCAUCAAAAGGGAAAGUUUGGAGAACAUUUAAAAGAACAUGAAAAAAAAAUUGAGGAUAAUAUGAAGAAGGUGCAAAAAUGGAGGAAGGCUCUAACUAGGGCGAGCAACUUUACUGGUCAUCACUACAAGGGCAAGGAUUGAAUGCAAUUCGAGGUAUAGCGGUGGACUUGCCAGAGGAAAGAAACAUGCAAUUAGAUUUUGAAAAGAUGAAAAAUCUCAUAUAUCUGAAAAUUCGUAAUGGAAUUUCUGAAGACCUCGAAUUUCUUUCCCAUGAGUUAAGGUUGUUUGAGUGGUAUGGAUUUUCAUUAACUUCCUUUCCAUCCAAUUUUUUCCUUCAAAAUCUUGUUGCACUCAGAAUGCAAGGACGUCACAUUCAAUUGGAUGAGCAUUUCGAGAGGUAUCGGUUCAAAAGUUUGAAAUAUAUGAGUUUCCGAGAAUGUAAAAACAUUAGAAUAUUACCUGAUUUAUCAGUGAUCGCCCCAAACAUAAAGGAAUUGGAUAUGUCGAGAUGUGAAAAUUUAGUUGAGGUUCAUCAGUCAGUUGGACUUCUUGAAAAGCUUGAGUUAUGGAACCUCAACGGUUGCAAAAAUCUUAAAAUUAUUCCAAGAAGCCUUCAAUUGAAAUCUCUUAGACGGUUUCGUCUCUUUGGCUGUGAAAGUCUUGAGAACUUCCUUGAAAUUCAGCAAGGAACGGAGAUAUUAGUACUGCCUUCAUCCAUAGGAGAUCUCACUAGCCUUUCAUCAUUACACAUAGGUUCUAAAAACUAUACAGAUCUUCCAAGUAGCUUUUCUAAAUUACAACAUCUUCGGCAUCUUCAUAUGUUUAAUUGGGAAAAUUUUCCAAAGGCUUUGGACACUCCUGGUUGCCUCCCCAAAUUAGACAAAUUAUAUUUCUGUAACAGCAACACUACUACCCUCCCUGAAAUUGGAAGCAGAUUUCCUCAAUUAGGUUACCUCAACAUUCAAGGCUGCUGUAAGCUUCAAGAAAUUCCAAGGCUUCCACCAAGUAUCAAAUAUGUAGACGCAAGAAACUGCUAUUCUUUGGAUUCACAAUCAAGAAGAAGAUUAUUAAGUCAGUUUGGAGACAUGGUAGGGCUUCCCCAAAGUAUAGCAUGUGUAAUGGGACCAUCGAAUCAGGACUCUUUAUCUGAAAUGGACUAUGAUACAUCUAAAAUAGGUUCUACAUCUGAAUUUGAAAUGGACGUUGCAUCUGAAUUUGAAAUGGACGUUGCAUCUGAAUUUGAAACAGACCUUGCAUCUAAAUUUCCACUAGAUUGGAGAGAUUCAUAUGAACUUUUACUUCCAGGGACUAGGAUUCCAAAGUGGUUCAACCAUCAAAGUGUUGGAAGUUCCAUAUCAUUCUCUAUUUAUAAUGACCUCAAAUCUUCAGCAUUUGCUCUGUGUGUUGCUUUUAAAGUGGAAAUCAAGGUUAAUAAGCCAAAAAGAUUUAAGAAUUUUACUUGUUCUAUGUACGCUUUUGUCAAUGGCUGUAAAGAAAGGCUCAUGUGUCAGAAAAUUUUUUUGGAUCCAUCAUCAUCAUUUAUGUGGUUUUACUUUGAUGAGGGUCGAUGUUGGUCAGUAUUUAAAAAAAAAAAAGGAUUUCAUCAUAUUAAACUUCAAUGUAAAAUUUCAAAUUAUGAUUCUAAACUAGUAAAAGUUACAAUAGAAAGGUGUGGAGUCCAUGUAGCAUGUAAAUGUUAUCAGAAUUCCAGGGCCCGCAAAAGCAUUCUGGAAAGACUAGUAGAAGUGUCUUUGGAUGCAUGAUUAUAAAUGUUUUUAUGUAGAGUGGCUGCUGGGGUCCCCCCCUUUAAUAAGCAGAAGCUGGUCGAAAGCUCCAAAACCCAAGAUGCUUAUUGCCCUCUUUGUGAAGUAGCAGAAGAUUCUGUUUUACAUCUAUUUCAAAGCUGUCCCUUUGCCAAAGGACUGUGGUAUGGUGGUCAAUGGGGUUUUAGAGUUGAAAUGAUCCAAGCUCAAUCUGUUAUGGAAUUCAUUGAACGUAUAAUUGAUCACCCAAGUGAGUUACUAGCAAAAAGAGUCACCAUAGAUGAAUUCAUUUCGUAUGUAGUAGUGGUGAUGAAAGUCCUCUGGGAGGCAUGAGAGGAAGCUAUGGUUUCAAACACUAAAGCCAGCAUAAACCAGCUAGCCCAUCGUCUUAACAAAGAAUACGGCUAUUAUGUGAGAUCAACAAGGGAAGACCUUGUGAUGCGCGAGUGGAAGUGGUUGUGGUUCAGACUUGUACAUAUAUAUCGGAAUAAACCAGCUAGCCCAUCGUCUUAACAAAGAGUACGGCUCUUAUGUGAGAUCAACAAGGGAAGAUCUUGUGAUGCGCAAGUGGAAGCGGUUCGCACUUGGACAUAUAUAUCAGCAUUAACCAGCUUAGCCCAUCGUCUAAACAAAGAGUAUGACUCUUAUGUGAGAUCACUUGAGAUUACAAGGGAACACCAAAAUUAUGAGUGUAGAUAUGCUUAUUGAUGGACCAGAAAUGCAACACCAAUGUUAUCCAACCAACACCAUCCUAGGCAACCGUGAAUGAAUGUCAAGGAACCAUGACAGAUAUGCGUUUGUCUUCAAUGGCCCAGCCUUUGUAAACGAAGAUGCUGAUUUCAAUCCAUCACCGUGGAAGAAAAUGAAGACCUCCUGAUUGUACUUCAAAGAAAUAUGCCAAGGUGCUACAUACUGGAUUACGCUUGAGGGUGGAGCUGUGAUGCAAAACACUCAAGAAGACUUUUAUUUUUAUUUAGUAUUAUUUAUGUUUGCAAGUCUAUUGUAUUUUUAUAUUUUACAUCCUAGCAGUUUAUUAGGCUAUUAGUAUCUUAAUAUUUGAAAGCAAGGUUAUUUUUGUAAUAAGGCAAUUAAGGUUUCUUGUGCCAAUUAGAAUUAGGGUUUAGUUUUACCUGCAAAUUAUUGUAAUAUGGUUGAAAAUUUAGAUGAAUGAAAAAAGUAGCCUUUUCCUUUCUUUGUUUUGGUGUUGACUCUAGACAUCUCUAGGUGCUAACUCUAGUGGUUUUCCUUGUUUGGUGUUGACUCCAAGCUAGGCUUAGGUGCUGACUCCAAGCUAUUUCCAAAAAAAAGGUCAGACUCAAGGAAGCUGUGAUUUCUCAGGCACUGCCACUGUUGGUCAAACUGCCCCUAUAGCUUCUGCUAGUUGUGUUUAUCCAGCAAGCCCCAGUGAUUCAGAAAAGUGAUCUAGCACAACUUCAUAUCUUCACAUUGAUAUCAUUACAAUCCUGAGCCUGCUUCUCAAUUACAGCUGCCAAACAGUAACAACCACAACUACAACUCCAACCACAACACCUUCAACUCCAACCACAAGCACCACAACUCCUUUAGUAUUCGGCUCAGGAAUCAGCCCCACAGGAAGUGGCUCUACUGGCAUCAAUGACUCAAGUGCUACUCUACCUCUCAUCACUAGAGGCACUAACCUGUUCUUUUCUCUGGGCCUGACCCUUUGGUUAGUGUUGCUGUGGGCCUGAUAAUAAUACUACACCUAGUUCAAAAAAAGAGGGGAGGUAUUGACUAGUGGGGUUGAUUUAUGGUUCUUUGGCAAUGAUUUCUUUGUCUUGGUGCUUGAUUUGAGCAUGUUUUUGUUGCUACAAGCAAACACAAAGCCACAAAACCGCUAUUGGUCCUCAACAGACUAAUCACAAGUCACAUGCAUUCUUUUCUGUCAAAUGUAUUCUUUAAUGUUAUUGUGUCAUGUGUUUUGUUUACCAUUAGAGUGAAGGAGAAGGAAAAAGGAACCUUUAUUGUGGAGGGAUCCAUUGAUAUAGCUAGAAUAAUAUGAUUUGAACACGUUUCUUGUU